AUGAAGUUAUCGAAUCGAUUAUGCAUCAUACCCGAACGAAGUGAGGUCAUCAUCAGCGGAGUGAGGGGCCAGAUUCUCGAACGCGUCUCCAUGAAGGCUCAGCUCACCCUUCACCUGCCAGAUCAUCAUGCUCCGCUCGCUUUCGAAGCGCUUUGCGUUCGGAACCUCGGCAUCUCCACCCCGGCAUCGCCUGUGGACGGUCAAGCUACGCUGCCCUGGCAAGGAUUAAAGCUGGCUGACCCACAGUUCGGCACACCUGGGGACAUUGAACUGCUCAUGGGUGCCGAUGUACUCCCGGAUAUCCUGAGAGCUGGGCUUUUCCGGCGGUCUGACCUCACAGCACAGCGCACAGCGGUUGGAUGGACGAUCUCCGGGCGUGCCCCAAUGGUCCACGCUGCCACCCAGACUUCUGCCUGUUUAGUCUUGCGAAGUGAAAUCGAAACCCCAUGGCACCAACAAUUGAUGGGCGCAUUACAACGCUUUUGGGAGGUGGAAGAGAUGCCUCGCUCCAUCCGUCAAUCACCAGAAGAUGAAGCCUGCGAGCGCAUUUUUCUCGAACAUCGGCGAGAGACCGAUGGCAGAUACGUCGUGAGAUUACCCGUUCAGCCAGGCGCCUUGGCACUUCUGGAGGACGGACUGGCGGGGGCCCGAGUUGCUCUUCGAUCUCUCCAGCGUCGCAUGAGUCAGGAUUCUGUGCUGGCAGCAGAGUACACCCGCUUCAUGCAAGAUUAUUUGCGGCUCGGCCACAUGAGAGCGGUCCCACCUGACAUGCUGCAGUUGUCCGCUGCGACGAUACACUACAUCGCCCACCAUCCCAUCUGGCAGCGGGGGGAUCUAAUGCGCGAAUUGAGAGUGGUUUUCAACGCAUCGAGAAGACCCAAAAGGAAGACUCACGAACGUGGGUCCAACUUGUAG